AUGUACUCUGUCAAGAGUGCAUAUGUUCUGCAACAAAACUUGAAGGGCACGGGUUCAGAGAGUGAAGCUUCCGACUUUUGGAAAGCUUUAUGGUCCUUGAAGUUGCCUCCAAAGAUCAAAAAUCUGAUGUGGAGGGCUGGUUCCAACUGCCUCCCGACGCUCUCUCAGCUUGCAUCCAAGCGAGUUCCAGUCAAUACUCGCUGCCCUUUGUGCGAGGAGAUGGAUGAAACAAUAUCACACAUUCUCCUUACCUGUAGAGUGGUCAAAUUGGCGUGGGAAAGAGUAGGCAUCGGCACCACGGUUGUUGCAGCAGGGAGUGUUUUUAUGGACUGGUGUAGGCUUGUUUUCACGCCCUUGACAGCAGAAAAACAAGCAUUGGCUGCUGCCCUUUGUUGGGCAAUUUGGGGUGCGAGAAAUGAUGUUGUUUGGCAAGGGAAACCGUUUAUUAUUUCAACUAUAAUUGUCUCUGCGAAAGGCUAUCUUGAUCAAUGGAAAUUCGCUCAAAAAACUCAAAUUGAGUCAUUAUGGUCUAAUCUACAAGACUGUGAUGGGAUGGAGCGUUGGAUUAAACCUCAAGGAAAUAGUAUCAAGAUCAAUGUGGAUGCAGCUAUUUUUGAAAGACAAAACCGGUUUGGUAGUGCCAUGGUGGUGCGUGACAACAACGGUUUGCUCAUCGAAGGUCGCACCAAGUUACAUAAUGGAAACAUCGCUCCUACCACCGCUGAAGCAUUGAGCUUUCGGGAAGCUUUGAGUUGGCUCAAAGAUCAAGAUUAUACUUCAGCUUGGGUUGAGACGGACUGUUUGUUGGUGGUUCAAGCGCUAAGAAACUCGACUACUCUGUCUUCUCAGUUCGGGUGUGUGAUUCAGGAAUGUAAAGCCAUGUUGGCUAAUCUAAAUGAUGUUUAUUUUUGCUUUGUUAAGCGGUCAGCUAAUAGAGUCGCUCAUGAGUUUGCUAGGGCGUCUUUAUUAUAUCCUGAUUGUAUGUUCAGUAUGGAAAAUAUUCCAACUGAGUUGUUACCAGUUUUGGUGACGGAUUUUGAAGGUUAA